UGGUUGUUAUUGGAUUAGAUUAAAAAAUUAAUAUAAUAAUAAUGAAUAUGUUUUUAGUUAAAUUUUUGGGAUUAUAGGCACCAAAUUUAGUGAUAUUGUGAGAACGAAUUUGGUGAGCUGGUUGGAGAUGAUCUUAGAAUCUCAUCUUCUUCAUUUACCGGUUUCAGGGUUUAUCUUUAUCCACUUCUCUCACUUCUCCAAUUCCCAUGGUGAUCACCACCAUAUCCCAUCAUUCCUCACUACCCAAUCUCCACACUCCUCCUCGAAUCUCCCUCCGCUGCAACAACAGCUCCUCCAACGACUCUUCCUCCUCCUCCACCUUCCUCGACAACAAGAAGCAUGUCUCCGUCGACUACGACCACGGUAAACACCACGCCACCACUCACCUUACCGGCUUCAGAAAAGACGAUAUCCCAAAACGGUACCGUUUGCGUGUUAUUGGUGACCGAUUCGAGAAGGACUGGACCUUAUCGGAGGUCGUCGAAAAGGUCUACCAGCUCCGACGUUGGGAGGAUAUCGAUGGCGUUUUGAAUCACUGGGUUGGCCGAUUUUCAAGGAAGAAUUUUCCUCUUCUCAUUAAGGAAAUGACUAGGAGAGGAUCGCUUGAGCAUUGUAAAGAAGUUUUUAGAUGGAUGAAGAAUCAGAGAAACUAUUGUGCUCGGACUGAUAUUUACAAUAUGAUGAUAAGGUUAUAUGCAAGAAAUCAUCAAAUUGAUCAAGCUCGUGGUUUGUUUUUUGAGAUGCAAGAAUGGAGGUGUAAACCGGAUGCUGAGACUUAUAAUGCUCUUAUUAAUGCGCACGGUCGAUCGGGUCAAUGGCGUUGGGCUAAGAAUAUCAUGGAAGACAUGCUACGUGCAGCUAUCCCUCCUAGUCGUUCCACCUAUAACAACCUAAUAAAUGCUUGUGGGUCUAGUGGAAAUUGGAGAGAAGCUCUUAAAGUUUGCAAGCAAAUGACAGAUAAUGGAGUUGGGCCGGAUCUAGUCACUCACAAUAUUGUAUUAUCUGCGUACAAAACUGGGGCUGAGUAUUCAAAAGCAUUAUCGUAUUUUGAACUAAUGAAGGGGACAAACAUCCGCCCUGAUACAAUCACCCUCAAUAUUGUGAUACAUUGCUUGAUUAAGCUUGGACAGUACGAGAAGGCGGUUGAAAUUUUCAAUUCUAUGAGAGAUAAAAGAGCAGAAUGUAUCCCUGACAUUGUAACAUUCACAAGCAUCAUUCAUAUGUAUUCUGUGUGUGGCCAGAUUGAAAAUUGUAGGGCUGUGUUUGAUACAAUGCUUGCAGAAGGAUUGAAACCGAACAUUGUUUCAUAUAAUGCAUUAUUAGGAGCUUAUGCUUCACAUGGUAUGGAUAAAGAGGCAUUGUCGGUUUUUAAUGAGAUUAAGAAAAAAGGUUUUUGCCCUGAUGUUGUGUCGUAUACAUCUCUACUUAAUGCUUAUGGAAGAUCAAAGAAACCUCAAAAGGCAUUGGAAGUAUUUGAGAUGAUGAAGAAAAACAAGUGCAAGCCAAAUCUUGUGACCUACAAUGCACUGAUUGAUGCCUAUGGAUCUAGUGGUUUGUUAGCUCAAGCUGUUGAAGUGCUACGUGAAAUGGAGCGAAAUGGACUUUACCCGAACAUUGUGUCAAUAUGCACACUUUUGGCUGCUUGUGGGCGAUGCGGUCAAAAGGUGAACAUUGAUACUGUUCUUUCAGCAGCUAAGCUCAGAGGCAUCAAAUUGAACACUAUUGCAUAUAAUUCAGCUAUUGGAAGUUAUAUGAAUAUAGGGGAAAAUGAGAAAGCUAUCAAUUUAUAUAGAUCUAUGAUGAAGAAGAGAAUUAAACCAGAUUCUGUUACUUACACUCAGUUGAUAAGUGGUUGCUGUAGGAUGUCUCUAUACAAUGAGGCACUUGGUUUUUUUGAUGAAAUGAUGGUUUUGAAAGUUCCUUUAUCUAAAGAGGUCUGUUCAUCUACAAUAUGCGCCUACAGCAAACAGGGCCAACUUACAGAAGCGGAAUUCGUGUUCAACUUGAUGAAAGAAGAUGGAUGUAUUCCGGAUGUAGUUGCAUACACAUCAAUGCUGCAUGCAUAUAGCUCUACCGAAAAUUGGGACAAGGCUUGUACACUUUUUGAGGAAAUGGAAACUAAUGGUAUCCAACCAGACUCUAUUGCAUGUUCAACUGCAAUGAGAGCUCUUAAUAAAGGAGGCCAAUCGACCAAAGUUCUAAUUCUCGCUGAACAUAUGAAAGAACAAGAAAUUCCUUUCAGUGAUUCAGUUUUCUUUGAAAUUAUAUCUGCUUGUAGCCUAUUACGAGAUUGGAAGACAGCAACUGACCUGAUUAAGAUGAUGGAGCCCUCACUCCCCGUAAUCUCGAGUGGCGUUAUAAAUCAACUCCUCCUUUUUCUUGGACGAAGUGGGAAAGUUGAUACUAUGAUGAAGUUGUUCUACAAGAUAGUAGCAUCCGGUGCUGAAAUCAAUAUCGAUACUUAUUCAAUUUUGUUGAAAAAUCUUUUGUCUGCUGGAAACUGGAGAAAAUAUAUUGAGGUACUUCAAUGGAUGGAGGAUGCAGGAAUUCAACCUUCAAGUAGCAUGUAUCUUGACAUAUCCACUUAUGCUCGGAGAACUGGUGGUGCUUAUUAUGCUGCAUUCAUAAAAGAGAGAAUCGAAUCCUUUAGAGGGCAAGCAAAAAGUGACCAAGGGACAGAUACAAUUAGGUUGCGGGAUUCUACCUGGGCUCUCUUGUUUGAUUGAUAAGUGAAGCCGAUCUACACGUUGUAGAAUCGAUAAUGUCAUUAUCCAGGGCAUUUAGCACAUUGAAAUUCGAAUACAUCGGCACGAUGGAACACGCGGCAUUGGUAUACACUGGAAACAACCAAUAGAUGCCUGACAUGUUGGAUAUAUCAGGUAUUAUCAGUAUUCUUUGAGAUGAUAAAUGCACCCAAACAUCAUACACCCCAGUUUAAAUAUAUGUGAUUGGCUAAAAUAAUUUAGUUGCAUGCUAGUUGUAAAUUUUGAUUGCCAAUGCUGAUAGUUAGAACUAUACUGGGUAGGUAUAUCUUUGUAUUUUGUAUGUAUGUAUGUUAAUGUUAAAUUGGUGUAUUUCUUAGUUGGUAAAUUGUUACCUAUUCGUUUUUUGGAAUAUAGAUAAAGAAAUUAAUUAGCGGUCA